GGAAGAUUGUGAUGAAAAUAUUCGAAUCUUCAAUUCCGAAUAUUUGCCUAUAGAGAAAAUUGGACCCCAUCAUGUCGCAUUCAAUUUUACCCACUUGGUCUUAACGAAAAUGAUUUCAGAACCUAUUCAGAUCGAAGUUGUUUUGGAAAAACAAUCUUCUAAUGGAAAAUGGAGUUUUUUCCUUAAAAAAGAUUUCGCUGCCAUAUGCAGUAUGAUUGGAAUGAAGAAUGUGCCUUGGACAGUAGUGGUUGAUAGCUUUCCUCCGGAGAAAUUGAUUUGCCCAUUUCAACCUAUGGACAUACCGAUAAGUUUUGAGUUUGAUGGCGAUAUUUCAAAUAUUUUUGAUUUAAGCGAAGAUCAUGCAGGAGUUUAUAGAGUUAGACUUAUUGGCACCGGUGCAGUAGGAUUAAAUCCUAGAACGCCUCUUGGAUGCAUGACUGCAAAAUUUACUGUUGAAGGAUUUGAUGAAUAG